UAUAGCGAAUCAAAUUACUGUGGGAAUUCCCCCUGAGGCAUGUGACGGAAAGUCAAAGUUGAAGGUAAAGAGAACGCCACAGGAAAUCCUACGUCAUCGUUACAAAUGGCGGACGUUGUAAACAAGGCAGAGGGAUACAAGUUUUAGUUAGCUAGCUAGCUACAUGUUUACCACAAAAUGAAUAGCAUAGACUGCGAGCGUUUGACAGCUUGGACGGCUGGGUCGCCAUCAAAACAACAUAUGCGAAGAAAACGAGACAGUUCAAGCUCGGUUUUAUCGUACAGUGGAAUGUUAUCGAGUCCAAGUUCGCGGUCACCUGUCACAACAGAACUCUCCAGCGACAGAAGCGCAAAGACCAGCUUGCUAUCUGCGAAACCGAAACCAGCUGGGCCGGACUCUUCUCUGUUGUCGAUUUAAAAAAUGUCCACCGUCAGUUUACAGGGGUCGGGGAUGUCGUCGCACCCUAUUUCCCCGACCUGUCGGACUUCAAGGAGGGUAACAUUUGGGACAUGAUCUUUCUCAGCAGCAAUCGGACGUUCAACCAAGAUGAUCAAGAGAGAGAUCUGGAUACACCUUGCCGUCAGCUGGAGAAAUACUUCAGCACUGCGAUAGAUGUCUGUGGCAGGAAGAUAGUGCUGGACUCGCUUUUCCCGCAGGACGAGCGAGAUGUCGAGGAGUACUUUGAGAACAUGCAGGAGUUCAAGAGGAAAACGAUGCAGGAUGAAGUCACCAGGGCUAAGGAUCACCUUAGAAAG